AUGGAAAUGGAAAUAUCACCGUUUGUUCUUAACCAAACUCGACUCGUUGUAAUUUCAGAUCAAGUAGUUCAGAUAACGUUGUCGUCUAAAAACAGCUCUAGUGAAUCGCUUUAUAACCGUAACCAAUUAAUGCAAGAUGAAGUAAAAAAAGUGGUUGUAGCGUUUAUAAAAUUGAAAGAAGAAAAUCUAAUAGUGGAUGGCGAUGGAUAUAAGAAACACAGUUGGCAAUAUGGACGUAAAUAUGUUUUCUUUAAAAACAAAAGUAGACUCAAAGUUCAUCGUUACAAGUAUACUUUUGAACUAGAGCCCGUAAAAACAGAUCAAGAAGAAUCUAUUAGUUUUCACGUUGGAAAAAAUAAAAGUGUUCAACAACAAAAAGAUGAUGAGUCAAAUUUACCACAAAUUACUGAGUUUUCUGUCAGAAGGAGAUGUUGA